AUGAUCCAUCUGGGUCGCCAGGUCGAUGCCAGCAAGCAGCUAUUCCCCAACGAAGACCUCAACCUUCAUCACGUCCCAAGCGGUGGUGUGGCUGCUCUCACCAUCCCCUUUCUUGGCCAACAAGUCAACCGCACUUUGGGUCUAGGCAUGGAGGGCCCUGUGACCGACUAUGACAUCCGUGAGCUCGAAGACCUUCACCGUGCAUCCAACCUGCCCGUCUCGGUUCUUCUUUGCCCCUAUGCCGACCCCAGUGCUUUGCAGAUGCUGGCCGUCCGCGGAUACGGAGUCGACAGCUUCCUCAACAUCUACGCUCGCUCUCUAAAUGAUAUUCCCGUCAACAUGGACCAAGAGCCAGAAUACACAUUUGGCUUUGACACACGGGUUUCCAGAGCACCGGCCACAGAAGCCGGAAUGGCAGCCUUCAUCCACAACUCUGUUGCCGGCUUCAUGGACGGCGGCCGUCCAGUGACAUUCCUGCGCGCCGUGGCAGAGAUGGCUGCCCUGCGAACCGAUACAGUUCUCUACCUGGCCAAGAUUGAUGGCCAGAUUGCAGGAUGUGGUGCUAUGGCUUUCAUGGAGACAGAGUACGGGCGAGUUGCUCAUAUCUACAUCGACAGCACAACACCCGCAUUCCGGGGUCGUGGUGUGCAACGGGCAUUGAUCCGGGCGCGUGUCCUGGAUGCCAAACGCUUAGGUUACAACUUUGUGACCGUCCAUGCCAACCCAGGCGUUGGUACUGGGCGAAACGUCGAGAAAGAAGGCUUUAGGUUGGCCUUUACCAAGCCUAUUUUCACGAAGCGACAAAACUAA